AUGGCUCAUAUGGUCUGGAAGGGCGUACGUCGAGCCCGGAAGUUCAAGCUGACGGAAGGCGCUGAAGGACGGGUCGUCUGGGGCGCUGGAAAGUUCUCUCUGGACCCUGCAUUUGAGUCUGGCAUGAAGCAGGUGACAUGGCUAUCCGGCACGGACAGCAGCAACGUCGCUUUCACCUGGGACUUUGUCAGCUCGGAAGGCCCAACAGAGGCAGUAGAGCCAACCAAGAGGCCGAGAAAGGAGGGAAAGGGCAAAGGCACAGAAGCUGGCAAAGGCAAGGGCACCGAAGCCGGCAAGGGCAAGGGCAAAGGCGAAGGCAAAGGUCGAGGAAAAGGCCUUGGCGCGGUCUUCGCUGCCGUGAAAGGCAAGGCGAAAGGCAAGGGAAAAGGCUUGGAGGACGGACCUAGCAAAGGUAAGGGUAAGGCUGGCAAGGGGAAGGCCGAGGACGCCUUGGAGAAGGGCAAGGGAGGCAAGGCUGGGAAAGCCAAAGGAGAUGCCAAGGGCGGCAAGGGCAAGAGCCAAGGCCAGCGUGGAGGGUUCGUCCAGGAGGCCGGGCUUGGGCGACUUUGCGGUGCGGACUGGGAAGCUGUUGGCUUUCUAAUUUCUAAUGUGGAUGUCAAGCUUAGCCCAGAAGGAAGACCCCUGUUUGCCGUGCUGGUUAACGUCAUCUUGCCCCCCUAA